AUGAUCACUAUGCGACCGGUGAACUUUGAUCACCCUAGCGCCUCUUAUUACCCCUCAAAGCGGGAACCAGGACCCAAAGAAGCUACUCGCGAAGAACCUCACUACUACCGUCAUGAUCUUGUUCCUGGCCAUAGGUGCCACGGUAGGGACAAAUACCAGGGUCGCAACCAUCACAAUGACCAUCAUUACCGUCACCACAAAGAUGAUCGCCAUCACCGUCACCUAGUCGAGGGUGCCAUAGCAGGGGUGGAAGUAGCAAAGAUGAUCCACAAAUAUCGCAAAACAGAAGGCGAGGAAGUGAGCCAUGGCUUGGGACAUUUUGCCUAUACUUUAGGAGCCGGCGCUUUGGGAGCGGUGGUCGUCAAUGAAGCCUCGCGCAUAUGCGCCUUGAUAAAUAGCAACCCUCUUCAUUAUUUCUGUACGCUGUAA